AUGUCAGACGAAGCAACAAUUGAAGAAGAAGCUGAUGCUGAACAUCCAUCGACUACAUCUCGACCAGAAACAGAUACUGGUCUUUUAAAAUGGUCAUACAUUUUUGAAAUAGUGGCUAAACAAUGGACAAUAUUUUUAGUAUUGUCAAUUGGAAUAGCUGUUUUUCUUUAUAUGAGUAGAAAAAAACGAACAGUUCGAAAAGAUCUUAGUUCAGCUAUAAAACGUGAUCAUGCUCAACGUAUAAGUCAAGCAAGUGCCAAACCAACAUUUUAUAAACGAGAGUAA